CACUACAGAAAUCAAAUUACAUGCAUCUGUCAGAAAUAUCUGGUCUUUAUAAAAAAAUUCCAUUAGCAUUCUCAAAGAUUUUUCCUUUAGCAUUCUCAAGAUUUACUCAAGAUUUACAACUAGGGUUUACUCAAGAUUUUUCCUUUAGCAUUCUCAAAGGAACGAAAGGCUUCAAUGGAGAAGACAAUGGAGACACUUAAACUAGCUGAGUUAAGAAAAGAAGGUUUAAGGAAGUCAUUUGAUCAAGCCCAUGUUCAAUCCUCUUCCAUUCUCUUGUUCACUCUUCAGUGGAAAGAUUUGGAGGCUCAGUUUGAUUUAGCUAGGGCUGAUUUACUACAGCAAGCUCAAGAACUUGCUUUGAAAGAGAGAACAUUAGUGGAAAAUACCCGAGUGCUUGAACAGCGCGAUCGAGAGGUCGAGAUUAAGUUAAGUGAGGUCAAGAAAGGCUUAGAUGAGCUUGAACGAAACGAAAAGAAAUUGGGUAUGUUUCAUAAGUGGAUUGAGGAGUCUGCUUUGGAGCUUAGUUCGACGGAAAAGAAACUGAAUUUGGCCCGUAAAGAGGUUGAUGGGUGUGAUGAGAUGCUUAAGUUGAAAAGGGAUAAAUUGGGAGUGGUGCAAACUGAGGUUGAAUCGAAGGAGAUGAAAUUGGAAUUGGUGAACUCGGAGCUUGAGGAGUGUUCUAAGGAACUUACUGUCAAAAAUGGGGAGUUGACAUUGUUGCAGAAGAAACUCGAAAUAUGUUCCAAGGAACUAGAAACGAAAGAGGAGGAGGUAGAAAAGGUUAAAGUUAUGAUAACAGGUUGUAAUGAUGAACUUGUGCUGAAGCAUAAGGUGUUGGAUGUUGUAAAGAACUUGAUCAGUGAUUGUAAUGCUGAACAUGAGUUGAAAAAGAAGCAGUUGGAGAUAAUGCGUGAUUUGAGCGAGAGAUGUUCCGGUGACCUUGACCUGAAGGCGAAAAAACUGAGUCGGAUUGAAGAAUCAAUAUCUCAUUACCUGAAGGAGGUUGAUGUGAAAAGGAAGGAACUUGAUUCAGUUCAAAAAGUGUUGAAGGAGCGUCGGGAAGACUGCAAUUUAAAAGAGAAGUUAUUGAGUGGAAUUCAGAAUUUGAUUCGGGAGAGUUCAGAAGAUCUUGAUUUAAAAAUGAAGGAUCUUAAAUCAAUCAAAGUGUUGAUCGGAGAGAACAGGGAAGAACUUAGAGCUAAAGAGAAGCAGUACGAAGCAGUGAAGAAGUCUGUCAACGAGGUCUCUGCAAAGCUUUCAUUGAAAGAGAAAGAGUUGGAGUGGAUGGAAGAGUCUAUUAAACAGAAAUCGACAACGCUUUGGUCAGAAAACAAGAAAUUAAGUGAUUUCCAAUACCGCGUAGAACAGCAUGCCAAAGAACUUGAAUGCAAAGAAAAAGAGUUCAGUUUACUCAAAGAAACAAUGAAUAGAUGUAGUGAAGAGCUCAAGUUGAAAGAGAAGCAACUGAAAUCGGUCCAAUUAUCGAUCUUGGAGUCUAGUAAGGAGCUUGAAGCAUUGAAGAUCCAAAAAAACUGUGUCCAAAGAUCAAUUAUUAAAGAAGCGGGUUCAAUAAAAAGAGAAAAUUGUGAAUCUAUCAACGAGCUUGAAUUAGGAGAAGAGCUUCGAAUUCCAGAGAAUUUGUCUGGGAACCUAAAAAUUGAACAAUCGGAAUUUUUAGGCAACAGUGAUCAGUUGCAUGCUCCAUUUACAAAUUGUCAGUAUGGUGCGGCAACUGACGAAAGAAAUUGUACUUCAGUCCUAGAGGAGGACAUUGGUGAGCAUGAUUUGAAGCCCCAUGAAGUUUUAGAUGCCCUUAAGAUGUCACCAGACCCAGCAAGAUUUGUUCUUAAUGUGAUUGAAGGAUUGUAUUCCCAGCAGCAGAGAAAUGUAAGUUCAGAAGUUGGCGGCAUGAAUAUCGUCAAUAGUGAGAUUCUAUUAUUGGAGCAGCUGAUGAAAGUCUCGCCUAAAAUUAGUCCUCAAUUGAAAGAAGAAGCUAAACAACUGGCAGUUUCCUGGAAAGCAAAUAGAAGAUUGGAGAAUGAGGAUUCAAUGGAAGUUUGGGCAUUUUUGUUGUUUUCGCUGAUAUAUGGAUUUGUGUUUCAUUUUGGAAGAGAUGAAAUUUUCAGACUCAUCUCGUUUGUUGCUCAUCGUAAACAGGCCCCUGAAAUAUGUCGAGCCCUUGGUUUCAGAGAUAAGAUUCCUGAGAUUAUUCAGAGUCUUAUCGAACGGAGUCAGUACAUAGAGGCUGUUAGAUUUAGUUGCACAUUUGAGUUGAUCGACAAGUUUCCACCGGAAGUCAUGUUGGAACAAUACAUGGAGAAUAUAUGGACAGGCGACAAAAUGGAUUUGCUGAAAGCAGAGGCCAAUGCUAUACAUAAAGAAGCAACUGCUCUUCAGUCUAUAUUAGAAUGCAUAUCAGAGUGCAAGUUCGAAUCCAGAUUUCUAACUCAGAAUAUAAACCGUCGCAUUUCCGAGCUAGAGAGGCAAAAGACGAGCAGUGUAAGCACUUCACUGACUCCUGCCCUUAUUUCUCGUCCACAACCAAAAUCACAGAGUGGAAAGUACCAUCCUAUACCGAGGAGUAAGCGGUCACCUGCUACUGUGCUGCAACAACACACGAAGCGUCCUAGAAUGGAUGAUAUAUCCGCAGGCAAACCCAAUUCAUCUAACAAAAAAUAAAACCAUUUCUGACAUAUUCUGAAAGUUUGGCUAGAUCUUCUCUCAGUAGAAUGUACAAAUUUGAAAAAUCUACUUAUGUUUGUAAAUACUUGUACAGAAAAGAAAACACCAACAUUUUCAAGAAUUUGCAUCUGUUUUGUAUGGUUAAA